GGACAAUUUAUAUAUACUUUGUAGUUUGGUUAUAACUGAUGUACAGUGCCGAAUUGUUCUUCUUUGUGGGUAUUUGUGAAUCUGCGGACCUGAGAAUGGAGCACAAACAUAGGAAGUGGAAUUGCGCGUCACGCUACUCUUUCUAUGAUCUGUAUGUCAUACGUUUAUUCUUCGGGUUAACGAUGAGAACGUGCGAAUAUAUGCUUAUAUUUAUGAUAUCUACGCUUAUAAUACGUUUGCGUAGCUGUGCUAGUGUUCAAGAGCGAAAGAGGCGGUAGAUUGAAAUAACGACGACGUUUUGUUCAAAUCAGACGGGUCGAGGACAUCUCAUUCAAGAACGAUAAGUCUGGAAACGCGCUUGUUAUGAAUCCCUGGGACCCCAUUACUUACACGGUGACACCUGCUGCUAAGAUUUUAGCUAGAUGUGUAACAGCAGGCACCAUGACACAGGAGGAGCUAGAUGCUCUCCCACAGGAUUCAGAAGUCUUUUCCACAUCUUUACUUGAAGCUGAGCAGCUGAACAGAAUUAGACAUGAUCUCGAUAAGACUAAUUUAGAUUUAGAGCUGCUGAAGCUGGAAAGAGACGGUGCAGACGUCACUCACACUCAUUAUCUCAGUCAAAGGUUUGCUUCCUUGCAACAGUUCACUUCCCACCUUCAGGAAGUGUUGCGAGAACAGACAGUCCUACGAGAGAGACUCACAAAACCACUGUGUCAGCAGAACCUGCCCAUUCAGGCUGAUCUUCACAGAUAUGUGGUAGAGCUCAUGGGGAUGGUGGUGGAGUUCAUUCAGAACUUGGAAGUGAAAAUUAAGAUGGUUCAAGCUAUUCCAACCACUGACAGUUAUCUGAGUAAUUUGAACAAUGCCAGAACUCAACUGCUGGCUCAGGUCACUGAAGUUGAGAACCUGUACAAGCAAGUUCUUAAGCAACGAGACCAUCUACAGACCAACAUUAAAGACAUGUCCAUUUGAUAAAGAAUUU